CUUGCCAAACCUUCCUCUGUUCUCACUCCAUUCCGCUCCAUAAAUAUAUAUCUCCGAAAGAGAGCUUCUCAAUCUCCACUUCACUUUUUAUUCUAUUUUGAUUGCUUCGAUUUUGAUUGACUGGUUGAUCGAUCGAGAAGGAGAAUGAGUUCUCAAAUCUACAGAUCUGCAUCACGAGCUGCUAGGUCUUUUCUCUCUUCGGCUUCCAAGCACAAACAUCGUGCUGUUUCCGGACGAACAGCUGCAACAGCAGCAGCAGUUUCCUUCAAAGGAACACUUCCAGCUCUAGCUUCUUUCACCGAUUCCACAAACACUUCCAACAAAUGGAUUGCCGGAGCUCUCGCACUUCCUGCUGCAGCAUACAUGCUUCAGGACCAAGAGGCACAUGCAGCACAGAUGGAGCGAACCUUCAUUGCGAUCAAGCCUGAUGGUGUACAAAGAGGACUGAUUUCGGAGAUUAUAGCCAGAUUUGAACGUAAGGGCUUCAAACUUGUAGCUAUUAAACUUGUGGUACCUUCAAAGGCGUUUGCUGGGAAGCAUUAUCAUGAUCUUAAGGAUCGUCCAUUCUUCAAUGGCUUGUGCAACUUCCUCAGCUCUGGCCCUGUUCUUGCAAUGGUUUGGGAAGGAGAAGGUGUGAUUAGAUAUGGAAGGAAGCUUAUUGGAGCCACGGAUCCAUCCAAAUCAGAGCCUGGAACUAUCAGAGGUGAUUUGGCCAUUGUUGUUGGAAGGAACAUUAUCCACGGAAGCGAUGGACCAGAGACUGCAAAGGACGAAAUUAACCUUUGGUUUAAACCUGAGGAGUUGACUAAUUACACUAGCAACCAAGAAAAGUGGGUCUAUGGAGUCAACUAACUCAUCAUACACAGUUACACACAAACAAUAACGAAAUACACAAACAGAAAUAACACUAAACCAAUUUCUUCAAAAUUUCAUCUUUUAAAAAAAAUAAACUUAGAUAAAUAAAUCUAUCGUUCCUUGUCAAAAAAUUUAGAAGACAUUUUUUUUUUUUUUUUUCGUUUUAAUGUAGAA